GAGCAGAGGCUUGGGCGCGCUCCCAGGCGCAUUCCAAGCUCCGCAGCCCCUCCUCUCUCGCCUCCGCCACAGGCUGGCGCCUCCCCGCAUCGUCGGGACAGUCUCGUGCAGGCGGCUGCGGACGAUAGUGGCCUUGGGAGCUGCAAGGGACUCGUGCACCGUGGGGACUCAGGGCCGGCCAGGGAACAGCGAUCUACCUGCCUUCCCCACCAGCCAGGUUGUGCGGGGCAAGAUGGGGCCAGGCUCUCAGCGCACGCUCGUCCUUCUUUUGCUGCUCCUCGCCAGCCCUGGAGCGCGGGCUUUCCAGAGCUGUCUCAACAAACAGCAGCUCCUCACGACCGUCCGCCAGUUGCAGCAGCUGCUGAAGGGCCAGGAGACCCGCUUCACCGAGGGCAUCCGAAACAUGAAGAGCCGGCUGACGGCACUGCAGAACACUGUUAGCAAAAUGACCCCGGAUGCACCUCCAGUUUCCUGCCCAGCUCUGGAUGCCCCUCCUAAUGGCAAGAAGUUUGGGAGCAAGUACUUAGUGGACCACGAAGUCCAUUUUACCUGCAACCCUGGGUUCCAGCUGGUUGGGCCCAGCAGCGUGGUAUGCCUUGCUAACGGUACCUGGACUGGAGAACAGCCCCGCUGUAGAGAUACCAGUGAAUGCUCCAGCCAGCCUUGUCACAAUGGUGGGACGUGUGUGGAAGGUGUCCACCACUACAGAUGCAUCUGCCCUCCAGGAAAAACUGGGAACCGCUGUCAACAUCAGACGCAGGCUGCGGCCCCGGGGGGUGUGGCCGGCGACUCCGCCUACAGCCGUGCGCCACGCUGCGCGCAGGUGGAGCGAGAACAGCACUGCAGCUGCGAGGCCGGAUUCCACCUGAGCGGCACCGCGGGUGGCCACAGCGUCUGCCAGGAUGUGAAUGAGUGUGAGAUCUAUGGGCAGGAAGGACGGCCCCGGCUCUGCAUGCAUGCCUGUGUGAACACCCCUGGCUCCUACCGAUGUACCUGCCCGAGUGGAUACCGGAUCCUGGCUGAUGGGAAGAGCUGUGAGGAACUGCACCGGGCUGAAAAGAGAGACCAUGGCUUCCCAGGCCUCCAUUUGCCAAGUUCUACUAAAUGCCAGAGUCCUGCAAACAAGAGCAAGAGGGCCUGGGAGCCAAAAGACGUUGAUGAGUGUGCAGGCCCACAGCACAUGUGCCCCCGGGGAACCACAUGUAUCAACACUGGAGGGGGCUUCCAGUGUGUCAACCCUGAGUGUCCUGAGGGCAGCGGCAAUAUAAGCUACGUGAAGACAUCUCCCUUCCAGUGCGAGAGAAACCCUUGUCCCAUGGACAGCAGGCCAUGUCGCCACCUGCCCAAGACCAUCUCCUUCCAUUACCUCUCUCUCCCUUCCAACUUGAAGACACCCAUCACGCUCUUCCGCAUGGCCACAGCCUCAGUUCCUGGCCAUCCUGGACCCAACAGCCUGCGCUUUGGGAUCGUGGGUGGGAACAGCCGUGGCCACUUUGUAAUGCAGCGCUCAGACCGGCAGACAGGAGAGCUCAUUCUUAUACAGACCCUGGAGGGGCCUCAGACUCUGGAGGUAGAGGUUGACAUGUCGGAAUACCUGGAACGCUCCUUCCAGGCCAGCCAUGUGUCCAAGGUCACCAUCUUUGUGUCUCGAUAUGACUUCUGAGGAUGCCAUGGGAAUCGGGAGGCUGGGGUUUGAGAUCUGGGCUGAUUUCUCUUCCCCAAGGUCACACUGUGGGCAAGAGCUGUGAUGGUCAUGUCUUCUCUUUAUCAUAUUCCUACCUUCUCUACUUGUUCUCUCAGGCUUCUAGAACAAUGCUAUGUUCUGACCCAGGGGCUGGCACAGGAGAGAAGCCACAAACAAAUGCUGUUUCCACAAUCACACUACUUUUAUUUUUUUCUGCUUUAAGGCCCACCCCUACGCUGUUAGGAGACAGCACAGAAUUUCAAAAUGCUAUGUGAAUGACCAUGUGAGUUUGAACCAGCUGGGGGAGAAGCUCAUGGUGUGUGUGCUUGAGACAAUAGCCAACAGUUCUGCAUUGAGGUCACCAAGCUUUUUGUGGCUAAGCAUGUUCUAACUCUGUGGGUGGUCUAAUGCCCCUGUGAGCUACCUACAUGAUACUUUACCCUGCGGCAUUCCAGCCAACCUUCUCAUCAGCAAGUUAUAGAGGAGACUAGCAACCCCGAGUGGAUCCUUCUAGACCAAGGAGUCAACAUUAAAUCAUGGAUUUUGUCAGUUUCUUCACUUGAGAAAACACGUGUCUCAAAAACAUGACCUGAUUUUAUGUCUGUGGAAAUAGAAUCUGUUUCUAUUCCCUGCCCAUCUGACUUCUCCCUGAGUGUGAGAACACCUUCUAGGAAGGGAUAGUCCUCUUUCUGUCCAGGUUGGACAUGGAGGAUAGAGAGAGUAAGAGAGGUAAUGUGUGAGAUUGCUCCAAUAGUUUUAAUAUGGGUUGGUCACGUGGGAGACUGAUAAGGAUGCCAUCUGCCCAUGGAGUGUUAAGGAGAAUACUUACACUGUCUUUCAUCCCAUGAAAAACCAAGUUGGAAAAACCAAGAGUUGCUGUCUUCCACAUGAAUGAAUCAGGAAAACACUGUUGAGCACUGAGAACUGGGUGGGACCAUUCCAGUUAAAACUUAAAAGCUAGAUGGGCUGAGAGAAGUUUUGAUGUCCAAAUACAUGCUAAUCUACUGGAACAUUGCUUCAUAUACAUCUUAUCCUAAAACUUAUUUCUAGAAGAUGGGACAGGGAGACUGAGAUUGAGGGCAGUAUGGAUGACAUAGUAAGACUAUGUUUCGAACAAAACAAGACAAGAGGCUAGAGUUCAGUAGGAAGAGUUACUGUCAAGCAUGCAAAAGGCCCCAACUUCAUUUUCUUGAACUGCAUAAAGCUGAGUGCAGCUGUCCAUAUCUCGGCUACAUAGCCAGUCUGAGAGUUUGUACCUGGCCUCUUUGGCUUCUGCUGCAGUUUCUAGCAACAACAAGGGCCUAAAGAUCUGCUUUUCCAGUUUGUUACAUGACUCAUUAAAACAAUAUUCUAGAAAGCUUGUGUUUCUAGAUCAGAAGUUCUCAACCUGUUGGCCAAGACCCCUUUGUGGGGGUUGAAUGACUCUUUCAUCAGGAUCAUCUAAGACCUUCGAGAAACACAGAUAUGAUUCAUAGCAGUAGCAAAAUUACAGUCAUGAAGUAGCCAUGAAAAUAAUGUUAUGGUUGGGGGUUGGGGGUGGUCACCAUAACAUGAAGAACUGUAUUAAAGGCUCGCAGCAUUGGGAAGGUUGAGGAACACUGUUCUAGAUGGUAAUAUGGUAUAUGAUAUUGACACUGGUGUCAAACAGGCCCUAUGGUAAGUAGUAUUUUCUUCACCUAGAUCAGUCAACAUCAAAGCUGCCUCCCACUUAGCAAAUCACUCAGCUUUAGUCCCUGUGGUACCAAAGUAUGAGUGCAUGAUUGCUUCAGACUCUGUUGUGUGGUCUAUACUUAGAACCUUCUUCCUGGUCUCUCUUCUGUGUUAGUAGACUUUCUGUGACUAUAGCAACACAGCUAUGACCAUCCACUCAUGAGGAGAAAGGGUUUAUUUUAAUUCUCACAGUCAACAGCCCAUGAUCCGCUGGUUCUCUUGUUUUGGGGCCAUGCUGAGGUGAUUGGCAGGAAGCACAGCAAAGCCUGUUUAACCUCGUGACUGGGAGUAAAGAGCCCAGAAGACCUUGUCUCAUAACUAGCUUCAAGGACACACCCUCAAAGUCCAAAGAUCUCCCACUAGGCCCCACUACUCCCUGGUGCUUCCAAAUACACGGGCUUUGGCUUUGGGGGAGACAUUUUGGAUCCAAACCACAGCAGUGCUGUUUGCCUUCCCCUGUAGACAGCUACUGCUGGAUCUUCUUAAGGCUGAAGUCUAUGUUAAGUCAAUGUGACAAGUUGUCAACAUGUAUUAGUUUACAUGUCUUUCUGGCAAUAUGGAUCCAAGUACUGCAAAUGCACAAACUGGAGUAGCAUAAGGAACCCCUUGUGCCAGCAUCAGCCCCAACCAUCAACACCUGCCAAUCACUUACUCCCACUCCACCACAUGAGGACUUUGAAGGAGGUCCUAGACAUGAUAUCAUUCCAUCUGUAUUUCAUCAUGUGUUUCUAAAGUACUUCUCUAAAGCAUGACCUAAACAUUAUCUGCAGUCAACAUCAUCUACAACUGUACCAGCAGGGCCUGCAGGAUGGCUCAGCAGGUGAGUGAUAGUUGCCGAGACAACCUGACUUCAUUCUCCAGGAGCUCCAUGGUUGAAGAAAGAGAAUCAACAUCCCUAAGUUGUCCUCUGACCCCCACAUAUGUGCUGUGGCAUACUCUCAUCUGUGUAUAUACACAUAUGAAUAAAUAAAUAAACAAGUAAAUAAUAUGAUUAAAAAAA